CAAUUUUUUCGCCAAAACUUUCACGUGCUCGUACGCGGGGCCGAGACGUGCAUGAGAUUUGACACCGCGGUCCUGGGGCGGCAUUUGGCUGGAAGACAUACUGGCAAAAUUUCAGCUUCAAAGCUUGCAUGGUUGGCGACAUCCGUAAAUACCCUUUUUCAGGUUUAUGCAUAUGAAACUUUUAUUACACAAAGCAGUGCCCGAAAAAUUUGCUCUGCGGAUGGUGGUGAGUUGGCUUCGAUUCACAGCGUAGAGGAAAAUAAUUUUGUUAACGGUAUGUUACUUUUGUAUUUUUCUGGGGAUGUUUGCAGUCCUCAUACGGGACACCAAGCGUAA